AUGAUGGCCGUCCGCUCAAUCUUGAUCAUCUCUUGCCUCCUCCUAUCACCUCUUACAUUCAGCAUCUCACCGGCUGGCUCCUGGAACCAGAAAGAAAGAGCCACGUGGCUCGCAACCCAACGCUACCUCGACACCGCCUACUCGCUCAAUAGCCCCGAGUACCGUUCGCCGUACCCGUACGAUAUCGCUCUCACCUCAUCCGAAGUCGAAUCCGCUUGGAACUACGCAACGCAACCUUCCACCGGACCCAUCUACAAGAACAUCUACCAGGGCAGUCCCGGGUCCGUAUACGUUCUCACAAAGAUUCCGGGCAGUCAUCCACUUUUCAGCAGCCGGGGGCUGGACGCGGAUGGAGUGAGUAAGAAUGCGUUUUUGUUCUGGAAGGUCAAGAAGAAUCGGCACAAGCUGUUGGGCGUCGAGAUAAGACGUCCGGAUAUCAACCGGUACGGCAAUUACGAUUUCGACUGCGGCGUGGGAUCACGUGGCGUCGAGUUCCGCCACACCUCACAGAUGGAGGGUCAUAAUGUUCAGGCUGCAAGUGUGCCGGACGCAUAA